AUGAAACAAGUACUCAAACAACAGAUAUUACUGUUCACCUUGUUGGUGAUUUUCAAUGGGUCGUUUUGUUUGGACCCAUUCUAUGAAGAUUGUGUCCCGAAACAUUGUGGCGAUGGUAUGAGCAUAAGAUUUCCAUUUUUCAUUAGAGGUUUACAUGAACCGCAUUGUGGGUACCCGGGUUUCGAGCUGGUUUGCAACGACGAUGGCCUCCCGGUUCUUAAUAUAUCUGGAAAUUACUACUCAUUUGAAAAUAUCGACUAUAAAGCAGGGUCUAUGCGCUUGCUGAAUUACCCGACCAUCACUUGCAACUCCUCAAUCACAAACGUAACACUUGGUGGAAACCUGUUUUGGAUGGAUCGCAGCUCAACUUCGGAACUUGUUUUUCUUACGGAUUGUACUAAGGAAGUGCCCAAGAAUCUGACGAGGUAUAUGAUUGGGUCUUGUGACCCAGCCGUCCAGUUGGUUAUGCUUAGUGAUGACUCAAAUUUGGGGAGCGCAAAAGAAGUUUGUACUCAGGUGGUUGUGGCGCUAGUGGAAGAGCAGGAUGGAGAAAGGCGGAGGAAAGUGGUGGUGGACGGAGGAAAUUAUGCGGAGGUAGUGAAGAGAGGCUUUACAUUGUUCUGGUCUGCACAAGAAUGUGUCGACUGUGAGCGAAGUGGUGGGAGGUGUGGAUAUAAAUGGUUUCCAUUCCAGUUCCUGUGUUUUUGCCCUCAAUCAAUCCAGCCGGCGAGUUGCCCAAAUGUUUCCGAGCAGACUACUGAAGCUCCGAAUAUUGAUUGCAGUUUUCGUAUACGAAGAUCGCCUAUGUACUUCCGAAUCGAUUUCAAUAUUGAGACUGAAAGUCCGAUAGCGAAUCGGUUGCAACAUCCGAACCUAAACUCCGACGCCGAAUCCAAAACUCCGAAUUCAAUUGUAACCUCCGAACAUCCCCAAAGUGAGUCAGUCGGUUUCGAGAGCACAGGAAUGAACACAACCACGACUGGUUGGCUAAAGGCUCGAAAACAACCCUCGUAUUUUUAG